CUUUUUAAUCGUUCAAAUCCUACCUACUGACCUACCUCUGUGUGUGUUGUGUGUGUAUCUGACUGUCUACACAGACGAUGGAACUUUACUGGGUUCUGUGAUCAGGAACCAACCACCUAUAUUCUGUCCGUCUCCAUCUCUCCCUCUCUCUCUCCCCCCUGAUCCAAUUCAGAGUAUAUUACCUCCUGCCCAAUUCGUGCUGAUUUCAAGGGGAAAAAGUGGGGGUUCAAAGAGAAAAAAAAGAAACAUGGGAUGUGCAAAGUCGAAAGAUGCUACUGACAGUCCAGAAAAAAGCUUAAAAAACGAAUCCGUACGUAAAUCUCAAAACGCUCUUUAUGUGAAAGAUCCCACCUCCAACUCACGUUUGAAAAACCGGAAUAGUUUUAACUUGCACAUAAUAUCGCCCUCGGAAGGAAAUGAGGAAGCCUCAGUGAUCGCCCUGUAUGACUAUGAAGGAAUCCAUGAUGGAGACCUGAGUUUUAAGAAAGGAGACAAGUUGAAAAUUAUUCAAGAGUCAGGAGAAUGGUGGAAUGCGAGGAAUCUAGGCACAGGCGAAGAAGGUUUCAUCCCAAGUAACUAUGUUGCCAAAGAUAAUACAUUGGAAACUCAGGACUGGUUCUUCAAGGGAGUCAGCAGGAAAGAUGCAGAGAGGCAUCUUCUAGCAUCAGGAAAUAAACAAGGAUCGUACAUGAUCCGAGACAGUGAAACAACCAAAGGCAGCUACUCGCUUUCUGUUCGAGAUCACGACCCGUCAAUGGGCGACACAGUGAAACAUUACAAGAUACGGACCCUGGAUAAUGGUGGCUUUUACAUCUCUCCCCGAAUCACCUUCACCAGCCUAGAGGAGUUAGUCAACCAUUACAAGAAACAAGGAGACGGAUUGUGUCAGAAGCUCACAACUUCCUGCAUCAGCCAAAAGCCUCAAAAACCCUGGGAGAAGGAUGCCUGGGAGAUCCCGCGGGAAUCCCUCAAAUUGGACAAGAAGCUGGGAGCUGGGCAGUUUGGGGAAGUGUGGAUGGCCACCUACAACAAGCACACCAAAGUAGCUGUGAAAACCAUGAAGCCAGGGACCAUGUCUGUGGAAGCUUUCCUCGACGAAGCUAACAUCAUGAAGACACUUCAACAUGAUAAGCUGGUUCGGCUGAAUGCCGUGGUUACGAAGGAGGAACCCAUAUACAUAAUCACAGAAUUCAUGGCCAAAGGAAGUUUACUAGAUUUUCUGAAGACAGACGAAGGGAACAAACUGCAGUUACCCAAACUCAUUGACUUUUCAGCCCAGAUUGCAGAAGGAAUGGCUUUCAUUGAAUCAAGGAAUUAUAUACACAGAGACUUGAGAGCUGCCAACAUCUUGGUGUCUCAGACCUUGGUUUGCAAGAUUGCUGAUUUUGGUUUAGCGAGAAUAAUUGAAGACAAUGAAUACACAGCCAGAGAAGGAGCCAAAUUCCCUAUUAAAUGGACAGCUCCAGAAGCCAUCAACUUCGGCUCUUUCACGAUCAAAUCCGACGUCUGGUCCUUCGGAAUCCUGCUCAUGGAAACCAUCACUUAUGGUCGAACUCCCUACCCAGGAAUGUCCAACCCGGACGUGAUCCGCUCCCUGGAGCACGGCUACCGCAUGCCAUGUCCCACGAUGUGCCCCACCGAGCUGUACGACGUCAUGACAAAGUGCUGGAAGAACAAGCCAGAGGACCGUCCCACGUUUGAAUACCUGCAGAGCGUGUUGGAGGAUUUCUACACAGCCACAGAGAGCCAGUACCAACAGCAGCCCUAAGCCAACAUUGUAGGGAAGCAGGCCAUGGAGGGUUUUGGGAUGUUGAGGGUGAAGGAAGUAACUCAAGUCACCGUUUAUACACAUUACUCCUUGAGGAGUGCACUUGUGUAUUCUGAACCAUGUUGUGUGUGUGUGUGUGUGUGUGUGUGUGUGUGUGAGAGAGAGAGAGAGAGAGAGUUGGAUGAAAAGAGGUUUCAGAGAAAUAUUAAGAGUAUCAUUUUAAUUUCCACUUAAGCCUUGACCUCAACAAAUAGGUUUUGCCCACGUACCUCCCUGAAUGUGAUUUUAUGCUGGAAAAACACACGCUAGAAUUUUUUUUCUCUCUUAACGGGAAGAAAGUUUUAGUGUUUUCACCAGUUCUCAAGAAGAUGGAAGGAGAAAAAGCACAAAGUUCUUUUUCUGACUGUUUUCAUUUUUUUUUAGUUUUAAUGUCCAGUUUUUUUUAAUAUACUGGGUUAACAUCUUGAGUUCCCGGGCUCUUCUACAGCAGAACAUGGCAAUGCUUCAGCCUUUGACUGGGGUAUCCCAUUUUAGAAGUUCUACGCAGUUAAACGAAAGGGAAUCAGCUUUAAUCUAUUUGUACAGUGUCGAAGAUAAAACCUUUAUU